AUGCACUUCCAAUCUCUCGCCUCCGUCGUCCUCGCCCUGGCCAUCUCCUCCGCCAGGGCUACCCUUUCGCCCAAUGUCCCCGGCAUGAACCUCGUCUGGCAGGAGACCUUUGUCGGCAACCAGGGCGACAUGGUCGACCUCACCCAGUGGACCGUCGUCACCGACCUGCACAACAACCAGGAGCUCGAGACGUACACCAACCUGCCCUCCAACAUGCAGCUUUCGGGCGGCCAGACGCUGCAGCUCGUGCCCCAAAAGUCCCUGCUGGGUGAAUGGACUUCGUCCCGCAUCGAGUCCAUUGGGGCCUGGACGCCGAGCCCCGGCAAGGCGAUGCAGGUCCAGGCCGCCCUGCGCGGCGGCGACAGCUCCCUCGACCAGAAGGCGGGCAUGUGGCCGGCCUUUUGGAUGCUGGGCGACUCGAUGCGCCACGGCACGCCCUGGCCCCUGUGCGGCGAGCUCGACAUCUUUGAGCAGAUCAACGGCCAGCUCACCGGCUACGGCACCGUCCACUGCGACCACACCGGCGGCGGCGCCUGCAACGAGCCCAACGGCCUGGGCGAGAGCAUCGCCAUCCCCCAGGACGACGACUUCCACACCUGGACCCUCAAGAUCGAUCGCACGUCCAACAACUGGCAGACGGAGACGAUCCAGUGGUUCAUGGACGGCACCCUCUUCCACACCCUCACCGGUGCGCAGAUUGGCGACGAGGGCCUCUGGGCGACGCUCGCGCACUCUCCCAUGUACAUCAUCCUUAACCUGGCUGUUGGUGGCACAUGGCCGGGUGACCCGAACGAGGCGACCUUGUCCGGCUGGGGCAACAUGUUUGAAGUGCAGUACGUUGCCGUCUACGAGUCCGCUUAG